UUAAAACACAUAAACCUGGAAAUACUUGCAGACCUCUUGUGGAUUUUAGAAGAACUGUCUUAUAUAAUUUGGAAUGUUUUUUAAAAAAUUCUUUACAGGUAAUGGAUAAAUUAGUUUGCAGUAUACAAAACACCAAUGAACUGGUCAAUGGAUUGUUAAAAGGUAAAAUUAAAAAAACUUUUCAUAUUAUGAGUCUCGAUAUAAAAUCUACGUACCCAUCUACUAUUUUGGAAAUGAUCAUAGAAAGUCUUAGUGCAUAUAAUAUUCCUGAAUAUAUAAUAAAACUUAUAGAAUUUAUAUUUAAUAAUAAUUAUUUAAAAAUUUCCACAGAUUAUUAUAGACAGAAAAAAGGUAUUGCUAUGGGACCAGUCAUCGGGCCAAAAUUAGCUGAUAUUUAUAUGAUUACAAUAGAUGAAAGAAUCUUGACAUUAACAGAUAUUGAAGAUUAUGCAAAUAGACUACAGGAAAAUUUAAAUUUUACAAAUGAAGAUGAACAACAACAAGAGCUGAAUUUCUUGGAUGUUGUUAUAAAGAGAGAGGAAACAAGGGUUUUAUUUCGUAAGUAUGAAAAACCAUUUAAUAAUAAUAAAACCAUUAUUUAUAAAUCGUAUUGUCCCAUAGAGACUAAAAAGAAUGUAUUUAUCAUGGAAUUAAGGAAGAUUUUGAAUAGAACAACUUUACAAGAAAAUAUAGAUAUAGAAAUAAAACAACUUUUUAAAAAAUUUCUGUUAAAUGAUAACCCAAAGUAUAUUCUUUGUAAGUGGUACAACUCUUAUUUGAAUUAUAGAUUUAAUGUUAAAAAUGAGAUAAAAAAUGUUUCUUAUAUAAAAUUUCCUUAUGUCAUUAAUAUAUUUGAAAAAUAUAAACUGAUUUUUAAAGAAUUUUCUAUAUGCAUAGUUGCGAAUCAAAAAAAUAAGAUGUUAAAUGUGAUCAGCAUCGUAAAUAAUGAAGAUACAAAUAUGCAUAAAGAUCAAUUUAAGAUUGCAGGUGUUGUCUAUAGAAUGUCAUGUACCUGUCAAAAUCCAAAUUAUUACAUUGGAGAAACUGGAAGAAAGCUGGAGUUGAGGAUAAACACGAGGCAGCUAUCAGAUUUAGAAGGAUGGAAUCGGUGUGGUUCCUACAUUGUAAUGAAUUUGAUUGUAAUAUAAAUAAUAAAAAUACUAAAAUAUUAUAUAAAGUAGAAAAUUGUACUGAAAGAAAAAUUGUUGAACAUUUUUACAUCAUCGCGUAUGCAAAUGUAAUUAAUUUAAAUACCAGGAUGUACUUUGAUGCAUGCUGGGAAAAGUUGCUGGAUUUAAAA